CGCAGUCCGGAAACAGUUCAGAACAGCAAACCAAAUGGGAAAUAUCAAUGCUAAGCUAGCCAGGCUGGUCAUCAAGCAACGGCCAGCUGAGGAUGAGUUUCCAGACCUCACAGAGCACUGCAACCAUAUGGCCAAAGUCCUCACUCUGGACAUGUACAAACGCCUCCGUCAGCAAUGCACACCCAAUGGCUUCACCAUCGAUAACGUCAUUCAGACUGGAGUAGAUAAUCCUGGCCACCCCUUCAUUAUGACUGUGGGUUGUGUGGCUGGGGAUGAAGAGACCUAUGAGGUGUUCAAGGACCUGCUGGACCCUAUUAUUCAGGACAGACAUGGAGGAUACAAGCCUACAGACAAACACAAGACUGACCUCAACCCCAGUAACCUCAAGGGUGGGGAUGACCUGGACUCCGAUUACGUGCUGAGCUCUCGCGUCAGAACAGGCAGGAGCAUUCGCGGAUUCUGUCUGCCGCCACACUGCAGUCGUGGAGAGAGAAGAGCCGUUGAGAAGCUCUCUGUGGAAGCUCUGGGUGUCCUGUCUGGGGAUCUCAAAGGGAAAUACUACGCUCUGAAGAACAUGACAGAUGCCGAGCAGCAGCAGCUCAUCGAUGACCAUUUCCUGUUCGACAAGCCUGUGUCUCCCCUGCUGCUGGCCUCAGGGAUGGCUCGUGAUUGGCCCGACGCCAGGGGUAUCUGGCACAAUGACACCAAGACAUUCCUUGUGUGGGUGAAUGAGGAGGACCACCUACGUGUCAUCUCCAUGGAGAAAGGUGGCAACAUGAAAGAGGUCUUCACCCGUUUCUGCACGGGUCUCACUAAGAUUGAGGAUUUGUUCAAAAACAAGGGUCACUCGUUCAUGUGGAAUAAGCACCUUGGCUACGUCCUCACCUGCCCAUCCAACCUCGGCACAGGCCUGCGUGCAGGAGUGCAUGUCAAACUGCCUAAUCUCAGCAAGUACCGCCAGUUUGAAGAGAUCCUUCUGAGACUGAGGCUGCAGAAACGUGGAACAGGUGGUGUGGACACUGCAGCUGUGGGUGGUACUUUUGACAUCUCCAACGCUGACCGCCUGGGCUUCUCUGAGGUGGAGCUGGUGCAGAUGGUGGUGGAUGGAGUCAAGCUGAUGAUAGAGAUGGAGAAACGGCUGGAGAAAGACCAGUCCAUAGAUGACCUUAUGCCUGCCCAAAAGUAGACUGCAUUUCAACCUCACAUCACACAUUCUUCUCUCUCCACCUCCCCUCACCUUUGUUAACUGAUUGAUUAAAUGUUUGUUGACUUGU